AUGUUCCAUUCUUUAUUUUCAGAUGUUUUACGCAGUACGCUUGAACUUAUUGGCGUCGACUGGAAAUCCAUUUGUGCGCCUGCGUGUUUACCCACAGAGACGGAUUUCUUUCCGGACAAUGCAAGUUUGAAGAGUGAGGACUACAUUCUGCACGAUUAUCGUGUUGUGCCUGUCGGCGUGACGCCUCUCGAAUGGGAAUCCACGCAUGAGUGA